UAAUGCGUCAUCGAGUUGCGACGCAGAUUUUACGUUUGUUUGCUAGGUUAGUGCAAAUUAACAAAUAUUGCAGUUUUGGCGAAUUAAAAUUACUUUCUAACUGUUACGACUCGGUAGUUUCCAUAAUGAGCGGGGGUUUAGCACCAAGCAAAAGCACAGUGUAUGUGUCCAACCUGCCGUUUUCUCUAACCAACAAUGAUCUACAUAAGCUGUUCACCAAAUAUGGGAAAGUUGUGAAGGUUACAAUAGUCAAGGAUAAAGACACUCGUCAGAGUAAAGGAGUGGCGUUUGUUCUCUUCCUAGACAGAGAAUCGGCUCAUAACUGUGCAAGAGCAAUAAACAAAAAACAAUUGUUUGGCCGAACAGUUAAAGCCAGUAUUGCUAUAGACAAUGGACGAGCAGCCGAAUUCAUCAGGAGACGAAACUACACAGACAAGACUCGAUGCUACGAAUGUGGGGAUUCAGGACAUCUGAGCUAUGCAUGCCCCAAAAACCUGCUCGGAGAGAGAGAGCCUCCAAAGAAGAAGGAGAAGAAAAAGAAGAAAAAAGCACAACAACCUGAACAUGUUGAAGAGGAGGAAGAAAGUGAAGAGGAGGGAGAAGACCCAACUUUAGACAGUUUAAGCCGAGCCAUAGCUUUUCAGCAAGCUCAUAUGGAUGAAGAGGAGAAAAAGCAGAAGAGGCAGGCAGAUGAGGACAAUGCUCAUGCAUCAACAUCUUCAGACUCUAGGAAACCAAGGAUCAAAAAGAGCACUUAUUUCAGCGAUGAGGAGGAGCUCAGUGACUAAUGAUUUACAGACUUUUCAAAAUGUAUAUUUUUAUAAAAUAAAUUGCAGUUGUGUUGCUGUGGGAAAAGAAAAUGCAUUAUCUUUUGAGUUUCUUCACCAUUUUGCUAUUUUUUACAGUUCAACUCUGCAGCCACUGCAGUGCAUUAUAUUUAAAUG